GGAGAAAUGACAGCUCACAGUUCGCUCAGCUGUACUGGACCACCAACAGAGAGUGAGAGGAACUUCAGCUACUCUAUGGUUGACGCAGGGAAGAACAUGAGCCAGCAAAACAAAAACGAGAGCUGCUCCUUCAGUGACAUGGAAGAGCGGAUAAGAAACGUGCAGCUGGCGAUCCAUAUCCCCACCUUCCUCCUGGGCCUACUGCUCAACCUCCUGGCCAUUCGAGGCUUCUGCACCUACCUGAAGAAGAGGUGGUUGGAGUAUUCUGCCACCUCCAUCUGCAUGAUCAACCUGGCAGUCUUUGACCUGCUGUUGGUGCUCUCCCUCCCAUUCAAGAUGGCCCUGAGCAAGGAGCAGAACCCCGCCCCAUCCCUCUGUACCUUGGUGGAGUGCCUCUACUUCAUUAGCAUGUAUGGGAGCGUCUUCACGAUCUGCGUCAUCAGCGUGGACAGAUUCUUGGCCAUCCGGUACCCAUUACUGGUCAGGCACUGCCGGUCCCCCAGGAAGAUCUUUGGAAUCUGUUGUGCCAUUUGGAUCCUGGUGUUGGUCGGCAGUACCCCCAUCUACAACUUCCAUGAGAAAGUAGAAAAUUACACGUGCUUCCACAAUAUGUCCGACGGCACCUGGAGCGCUCAGGUCAUCUUCCCCCUCCUGGUGUUUGGCUUCCUUCUUCCCAUGAGUGUCAUGGGUUUCUGCUCUUCCAGGAGCAUUCUUAUUCUGGUUGGCCGUCGGAACCACGCCCAGGACUGGGUCCAACACAGGGCCUGCAUCUGGACCAUCGCAUCCAAUCUGGUUGUCUUUGUGGCCUCCUUUCUUCCGGUCCACCUGGGUUUCUUCUUGCAGUUCUUGGUGAGGAAUGGCUUUAUUGUGGAGUGCGGUGCUAAGCGGAACAUCAGCUUGUUCUUGCAGUUGUCGAUGUGUUUCUCAAACAUCAACUGCUGCCUGGAUGUUUUCUGCUACUACUUUGUCAUUAAAGAAUUCCGUAUGGGGGCAGCCAGCCGAGUGGCUCAGAUACCAUGA